AGGUAGUUUCAUCGCUGUCACGAGUAUCCACUACCUGCCCUAGGAGUCUUACUAUACGAUGCCUAUAUCGUCUCUCGUCUAUUUAUACGACGACCAUACACGUACUUACCUCUCCUCCCUCAUCUUUCCUCACAGUCACUCUUUUAAUCCUCUUUCUCUUUCUCUUUAACUCUCUUUCUCCUUUCUUAUUUUUCCCUUUCUCACUUACUCUUUCUUCCUUUCUUUUACUCCUAAAGUUUCUCUAUCUCUCUUCUACAUUCACUGUGCUGCCCCACCAGUUUCCCCUUUCGUAUCGGCUCCCUUUCUCCCGCCUCUCUCCCCACGUCUUUCUCUUCUUCUGCCUCUUCCCUCACCUCGUGACGACAUCCGCGAACGAGCAAGCGACUCGGCUCGAAUCGCCUCGAGUCGAGCCGAGAGAGCCGCGCGCCGAAGUCCACCGUACACCCUCGUAUCCGUACUUACGUACACGCGGAAUGUGCUGCCAGGAAUUCUCUCUCACAAUGGAUUUAUUGUGUUAGUGAGUAACAGCAGCGUGUGCGCGAUAGUAUAUCGUGAGUGAGAGACGACUAGAAGACGCUGACCAGAACGACAACGACGACGAUUACGACUACGACGACGACGAUAACGACGACGACGACGACCAGGAGGACGACGAACAGAAAGAACGUGCGCGUCCGGCUUAACUCACGAGUCAAGAUGGAGCUAGUAGACGCGGAUUUUCUCUGUUAUUUUCGUAUCUCUAGUUAACACGACAUUUAUACUUACAUAUAUAAUAACAAAUUUUCGUGUCGUUUAUUUUUGCCGAGUCUUGAUUCGUACUCUAAACUCUGUUCUUCCUAACCUUUUGUGGUCCGUUACGCGUACAUGGUUUUCGAUGAAUUUCAGUCGAUUUGUAUAUAUACGUGCAUAUUAACGUUCUUUCACUUUACCGUGUUCACUGGGAUUUUUCUCAAAGUGUUUGUGUUAUUGUUGAAUGCGUUUCCAGAAUUUAGACGCUAAUACUUGUACGUAAUAUAUCGGCUUUGCGCGGUACGAUUGAUCAUGCUGCGGCGGAACUGAAUGGAAAGUAACUCUUUGGGUGACUUAGGAUAAUAAUUGAGCAAGAUGGUUCUGUGCGUACAAAAGUGCUAUAAACGCAACCAGCGAUCAAGGAUUAUCAAUUCUAUGUAAUUCUUAAUGGUGCUAAGCCUUAGACAUUGACUAGAGGUACGAGACAAUUAAGAAAGAAGAGAAAAGUGUUCGCCUAAGAAGAGAAUUUUCGGAGGAGGAUGCUCGGCAGUUGGGGCUGGGAAGAAGAAUUGGAGUUGGGAGAGGGAAUAGCAACCCUGUCACAAGAUAGACAAAGACGAGAGAGCCCAGACUCGACGCAUCCUGUCCCCGACAGCCGGGUGCUGAGGUAUGCACCCAGUCGGUGUCACCACCCUCCCAGCUUCAACUCGCCACAUUUCAGCACACAGCCUCCUCUCGACUGUACAGACUAGCAGCGUGAGGUGGCCAAAAUGCUGACUGCUCACUCUGAGAUGCACGAAAAACGGGAUCCCCUUGGAGGCGGACAAUAUGGAGCAGGCGGGGGUGGUGGCGGCAGUUCGAUUGAAGAGAAAUCUAUUCCGGAACAACCACCCCCGCCGCCGGUGCCUCCUCAGCGGGAUCCGUCUGAUCCAACGAUCAGUGCUAAGAAACUUCCAAAGAAACGAAAAUAUGAUUUAUCGGAGCUUGAAGAAAUGGACAAAAGCAGCAAUGUAACAAGAACCGUAAAUAAUAUGGUAAAUAUACGGGCACCGAAUAUGCCACUCAGUCAAUCAGGUUUAGUUCAGCAAUCAACUUCAGCAACUCGGCAAUCUCCACAACAGCAAGAAUCAGAUUGUUAUCAAGUAUCCUCGGCACAUUCAGUGGUAGUUUUACCACCUCAAAGUACAGCAGUGGAUUAUUCUGUUCGAGAGGAACCUUUACGUCCUCGUCCUCGGCCUGCUACUGUUGCUAUUGAUCUCAGUGAGUGGCGCGACCACAGAGUGUUAGCUUUAAGGGAUUCAUAUUAUUAUCCAGGUGUUAUUCGUAAUGUUGUUCAAGGAGAAAUUUAUAUUGAGUUUGAUGGAGAAAGAAAACUAAUGCGUUACACUGACGUUUUGGGUGCGGGAAGGUACGAUGUGAUAGGUGAUGCGAGCCCUUCGAUUGGGCAAGUGACUUUAGAUGCAAAAGUUUGUAUCAAGUGUCCAUCAAACAAUCAUAUUGAUGCGGCUAAAGUGUUUGUAAAAGGGACAGUGUGCAAGAUUUUAUCAAAUCCUAAGCGUUUUGUUGUUAAAAUAUCAAGGGAAGAUGAUCGAAAUGAUAGUUAUGUUGUGACACGUGCGGAUCUACGAUUAGUGCAACCUCCUUGGUGGGACGAAUUAGAGGAAGGAUUAGAAGACUGUGAUUCUGCGAGGGUUGAAGGAAUUGAACAUGGCUAUCGAAAUUCUUCAGAAGCUCCAACAGCAGUGCCAAUUUUGCAACUUCAUCACACUUCUCAUCAUACAUCUCAUAUAUCAACUCAUAGCGACACAGGUGGUUAUUAUAGAACGACUGGUACUAGUCCUCUCAUGACUUUAGGCACUUCUGCACAUCCUGCCACUACAGCAUUAAGUAAUGGAAGUCGACCGUAUGAUGAUUUAGAAAGUGAAGAUGACUUAGAUAGGGAAGAUAUUACAUUCCCUUCAGAUGCAGAUGCAAAAUUGUCAGGGAGCAGUAAACGAAGCAGCAUGCAAAGUCGAGGAAGUACCAGUAGUUUAGUUGAACAACGCAGUAUAACUCCUCGUUCUCAAGCAGCCACGCCCAGAUCUCAGGCGGCAACGCCACAUAGAUAUAAAAAAGGUGAUGUAGUGGCUACACCAAGUGGAGUUAGAAAAAAAUUUAAUGGUAAACAAUGGCGUAGACUUUGUAGUAAAGAAGGAUGUUCCAAAGAAAGUCAACGAAGAGGAUAUUGUUCUCGUCAUCUUAGUUUGAAAGGAUCUUGUCUUAGAGGUCCGACAAAUACUUUUCCUGGUGGCAAAAUGGAUGGUGAAGAAACAUCUAGAGAUUCUGAUACUUCUCCAAAUUAUGGAGAUAAAAGAAUUGCUGGUCGAUUUGAUCCAGAUGAAACUGAAGCUGCUAAUAUGCUUGUUUCCUUAGGAAGUUCUAGAUCGGCAACACCAGCUUUCUCUUCACCAACAGGACAAUCUUCGAUAUCUCCUUGUAUCAAUCAAUCUCCAGUACCACCCUUGGGACUGAAUCAAAACAAUGUGUUUAUGCCUAUUUCAAGUCCUGCUCAUCAUGCAACUCCAUUAAUUUCGCCUGGUGCGAAAUGGAAACAUUCACCUACUCAAUCUACUUUCCUUACUCAAUAUCAACAGCAAGUAAUAAAACCUGAACCGAAUCGAGUGGUUAGAUCGAAUCGUUCAGCUCCAACUGCCCCAGUUCCUGCUAGUAUAGGAACAAGCGUGAUAAGAAUCUCUCCUGUAAGUCGUGGUAUACCAGGAUCCAAUCUAACUUCAUCGUGGUCAGAACAAAGCCCUCCGCCGCGGCAUCCAUCGGUUGUGACGACUAUAGCUCAACAACAACAAGGCAUCAUUCUUCAACAUGCACUUACAACGAAUAAUGGUUUUCCUAAUCAUUCUGAAAUUUCAGAACAAAAUUCACAAAUAUUAAAACCAUCUCAUUCACCUCAUAUGCCACUAUCUACAUCAACACCACAAAAUUUGACUCUCCUACAUAAGCCUUUGGAACAACCUGUUGAUUAUGCUCAACCGCAAACGCAAAAUCAGCCAAUUUAUGUGAUGCAGCAUCAACAUGAAAAAAAGUAUCUUGUGAUAAAAAAUAGUAUGGAUGUAUCUGCAGCAGGCCAUAUAACUAAUCAAGAUGAUAAAUAUAGACCAGCAUUAAUGAAUCACUUGGGUCAACUUCCAGCAACAUUACAUCAAACGCAAUGUCAGCCUCCACAAUCACCUGCUGUUUCAUCCGUCCAUGUCGACAAAUUAUCCGUUUUACAAGCAAAUAAAGUAGCUACACAUGUAUCUACUCAUAUGGAUAUGCAAAGAACACAACCACCCCCUACGAGUGUUGUGAUGACAACUACUGAAGCUUCAAAUCCGCCUACUCCAACAAGUGUCUUCCAGCAUGUAAUUGUACAACCUGGGCAUUUGGUACAAAUUCCUAAAACGCAAUCAUCUAGGGAAGAAAAUUCUAAAAAUAAUGGAGUUCUGUAUGGCAGUCAUGAUGUUCCUCCUGCAUAUCAGUCUCAUCCUCCAUCAUUAUUGAACAAUGCAGGUCGCAAUUGGAAAAAAGCAGCUUUUCCUUGGCAAACAACAGUUUUGGAUCAAUCAGAAGUGAGUCCUCCACCAUCUGCAUUGAGUCCACCAUUAAGUGCACCUCCAAUUCCAAUUAGUAUGAGCACACCUGGUGAAGAUGGAUCUGGACCAGGGCCAGAUCCUAUAACUCCAGCUGAAGAAGAAGAUGAUGAUGUUUUUGAAACAGAACCGACAACCCCUGCAGAAGUCGAAGCUAAUGCUAAUAAGAGACGCAGUCAAUCCCUUAGUGCAUUGCAUUCCAAGGAACCACAGAGUCCUCUUAAAACUAAAGAUAGAAUACGCCGACCGAUGAAUGCAUUUAUGAUUUUUUCUAAACGACAUCGUGCAGUAGUGCAUCAAAGACAUCCGAAUCAAGAUAAUCGUACUGUAUCUAAAAUAUUGGGGGAAUGGUGGUAUGCCUUAGGACCAGAAGAAAAACAAAAAUAUCAUGAUCUUGCAUCAGAAGUAAAAGAAGCACAUUUUAAAGCGCAUCCAGAUUGGAAAUGGUGUAGCAAAGAUAGGCGGAAAUCUUCAACGACAAGUUUCAAAGGUAGCGAAUCUCGAGGGAAAUUAAAUAGUACUGGGGAAGAAACGGAUAUGGGACCACCAGCAGAUGAUGUACCAUUAACACCAAGAGCUACAGACGAAAUUACUGUUCCCGUUACUACGGUAUAUAAUGAAGCUCCCACGAUUGAGGUUAUUAAUCAGUCACAUACACAUCGAAUAAUGGAAAUGCCUUUGCCAGUUGAAAAUGCAGAAUCUGAUUUAAAACAGGACGAAGAUGGUAAUGCGUCAGACGAAGAUCAAAUGGUAAUCUGCGAAGAUCCACAACCUGAAAUAGAUUUAAAAUGUAAAGAUAAAUUGACAGAUAGUGAUAAUGAUGUACAAGAUGAAGACACUGAAAAGAAAUGUUAUAUACAAUCACGGUUUUCACCUGUAACUGGUCAGAAGAGAGAAGCAAUAAAUGUUAAGCAAGAAAUAACUUGUAGGCCUAAACCAAUAAAAGCACGAAUACCUUCAACAGGUAUUGAAACCACGACGAAAUAUCAUCAUACUUCUAUGGACAAAGGAGGAAGCGUUUCUGUUUUACCCAGCACAUAUCCUUAUCAUAGUCCUGUCAAUCCAACUGGAGUAUCAGGUUUUCAACCUACAGGUGGAGCCUUUAUAACUAUGCCAAUAUCUCCAAAAGUCAUUAAACCAGAACCAGUAAAAAAUGAGCAACAGUACAGUACUCAAUAUAGUAUGAGUAAUUUGGUAGCAAGCAUUCAUGAAAAUGGAAGAAAUAUACCUAAAUUUACGGCUGCUCCGGUAUUACAUUCUCAGCCGUUGCAGUCUUUAGGCACUAUUCUUCGCCCCCUUACUUCAGCUGUCCCUUAUCAACCAUCGUUCACUCUAACAUUGCUCGAUAACGAUUUGGUGGCUGUUUCCAAACCGCAGCAGGGAUCACAGUAUCUUGGUCCAACACCACCUCAUUCCCGGAUGUAUUGUGGAUUUCAUAUACCUAUUUCUGAUGCUGGCAAUCGUAAUAUAUCUUCCCAAGCUUUAGUUUCUGGCAAUAAAAUGGAAACUCAAAGUGUAAUAGUGAGCAAACCAUAUUCAGUUCCAACAACUUCCACUACAUCAACUUAUCGAGGAAUUGGUCAUCCAAUAGCUCGUCUUGCAGAACCCGAAAAAAAUGAAAAUCAAGUAGGAAACAAUCAUGCCCAAUUUUAUGUAACUAAUGUAAAAUCUGAUCAAGAAAGAAAAGAUACUGUGAAUAUUCUUUUAUCUGCUACAAAUGAUAAACAUAAACAGCCAUCUACUCCACAUACUCCUCAUACACCUCUUAGUAAUCAUGGUAGUACUGAAAUUCCCACAAAUAAAUCAUAUUCCAUGGAUGAAACACAACCUAAUGAUAUAGGUCCAAGUAAAGGUCCUUUUAUGCUUGCUCCAACUCCAGCACAACUUGGUCGAGCACCGUUACAAAGGAGACAGUCAAUGGCAAUGCCUCCCACAUCAAAUGCAGGAGACCAUGGGCCUUUGACUUCUCAACAUUGUGAUAAUCGUCCACAAACAAACACAUCUCAAGCUACAGAACAAAUACAACAACAACAAAAUUUUUCAGAAUCUCAUGCUUCACCGUCACCAUCUACUAAGAAGGGUUCUUUUUUCAAGAAAAAUGUCGAAGAUGGAAUGGACAGAGUUCUGGAGCAAGUAAAUUUCCAAGAAAAAUUCUCAUCCUUACCAGAAUUUAAACCAGAAGAUAUACAAAGUCCAAGUGCAAUCAGUAUCAAUACAGUGGGUUCAUCUGGUCAUGGUUCAGUAGUAACAUCUGGUUUACAUCCAUCAAAUUUACAAUCGUCGAUACAAAUGCAAAGUUAUAGGAAAAAAUCCGCGCAAGGACCUCAUAGACCCACAAUGAAUGAGGAUGACAUCGAAUCAGAUACAUCAAUAUCUGCUACUCCAAAAUCAACUUCUAGUGUCAAGUUGACAGGAAAUACAUUCUUUGGUCCAGAUUUUAACGUUGAUGCAUAUAGAACUAAUACCGAUCUAGUGGGAGAUGUUGAUGCUAGUUCACCCAGAACACCAAAAACACCUGGUGGAGGUGCCGGAAACUCCGUAGGAAUUGGCAGAAGUGAAAAUGAACGAGGUCACAGGAAAGUACUAGAACAACGUCGACAUCUUGUAAUGCAAUUAUUUCAAGAACAUGGUUACUUUCCUUCAACACAAGCUACUACAACUUUUCAAGCAAAACAUUCAGAUAUAUUUCCUAAUAAGACAAGUUUGCAAUUAAAGAUUAGGGAGGUCAGACAAAAAUUAAAAGCUAACUCUACACCUAUGAGUGCUAACAGUCUAGUUAGUCCACUACCUGUUUCUGAAUCUUCACCUAAUAUAACUGGACCAUUGACUGCUCCUCCUACAUCGAUGGGAGCUCCACAUUCACUGCCUGUAAGCAGUAGUGGUAGCUAGCGCCCACGUGCCAACUGUGAUACUAUGCAUCCCCUUACUUCACAACAUGAGUACAUCAUUAUUCAUUAAAAAAAGGAAGUUUUUAUUGGAAAAAUUGUUGAUGUACAAGUUUUAGCGAGUUGUAAAGUGCUGCAAGGCUUUAGUGCAAUUCAAACUUUGAUGUAACCUGGUGCAGGUAACUUAGACAGGCAUAUCAAGGUGAGUCGAUGUACAUAUAUCAGUAAAAUCUUUAUAUUGUAUAUAAAAGAAAUAUCGAAUAUUUCUCAAGAUUACUAAUGUUGACUUAAUGUGUGUUCGAGUAUCUGUGUUCUAUUGGGAUAAUGACAUAUAAAAUUAUGAAAAUUUGCGUGAUAAAGAAUUUACUGUAUUUUAGUAAUGAUAACGCUCAUUAGUAAAUUAAAAGCUCAACUUAAAAAUUUAAUCAUAUUAUCUUGUUUAAUAACGAAAUGAGAAAAAAAUAAUAUAAUGACAUAAAGUGUGCGAAAUAUUUAAUUCGAAAAAAAGAGCUUUCUUCUCUCAGAAGGAAAGACAAUACUCGUCUGCAUUCUAAAUCCAAAGAUGAUUUAUGAAAUGGUAAUAUAGAAAUGAAAAAAUUAUUUUACUACGUUAUAAAGUUACAACUCAUAGUUGUACAAUUCCAAAUACGACUGAUAUUUGUACAUCGAUAUACCUUGCAAGGAUUAUGAAAGGCCUAAGCCAUUGUUAAACAUUGUUAAAAAUACUAUGAGAUCCAGUAGAAAGAAAAAAUGAAUAUGUGUGAUAUAGAAAAUGAAAUUUCGCGUGAGUGCAAAAUGUAUGGAUGUUUUUGAGAGAAAGAGGAAGAGAAAUCGUAAUCAGAGAGUAUUAGAAUUAAUGAAACAUUAUAAAAUGAAAUCAGAGUUUAUAUACUUUAGUUAUUCUUUAUAUAUGAUAUAGAUAAAAAAGAAAAAUAUAAAAGGAAGAACUGCGAUAAACAUUGCACAAAAUUUAUGUAAUGCAGUCAACAAAUAUGUUUAUUUUACUUGUAAAUACUAUGGCAUGAAUUGGAAUGGGAGAUAUCUGGAGAGUUUAAAAUAUCUAUGAUGCUGUGUCUGACAAUUUUAAGACGAAAGCAUACUUUUGGUGAUUCAUAGAUUAUAACAGUGGAGACAAAAAUCGUGCCAUUGUGCGGCGACAAACAAGGGAAUGCAUGCGUAAUAAAUCCCUUAAUAGUAAAGAAUUAAUUGUUAGACACCACUUGAUAUAGAUAAUAUGUAAUAUGUUUCCAAUAUUCUCGAAAGUACUUAUCUACUGUUUUUAGACCUCUGCUCAAAUUCAACGCAUUGAAUAUGUGUUUUAUAAGCAUUUUAAAAUUGAUCUGCUGAUGCUGAAGUUGUUUUUUUCUUUAUUUUUUUUUUUCUUUUUUUUUUCUUUUUUUUUUUUUUUUUUUUGGUCCUAAUUUAGAUAUAAGCGGUUUUAUAGAGGCCGUAUUUUUUCUUUUUUUUUUUUGGCCAUGACAAAUUAUUGUUUUUACCUUUAGCAUGUCAUAAUCAAAUGCGUGUGAGAUCUAAUGAAAAAUUUGCAAAUAUAUAAAAUUUAAUAUUACCAUCGAGCACCGAGAUAAGAAAAAAGUGCCGAGAAGAUUUAUUGAAUAUGUUGUUGCGAUUUGAGAAUUUUGUUACUAUGCUUUUAAUGGAACUCGUGUUGUUCAUUACGCAAAUUAUAUAUACAUUAUAUGUAUAUAACGUAUUUCGUUUAUUUUAGUGCAUUUUAUCAAUCAUAUGAUUGCUUUUACGUUAUAGAAAAAUUUUCAUAUCUCUAAUAGAAACGCGUUGAAUUUUAGCGGAGAUUGUUGAAUUUGGCUGUAAAAUAGAUUAUGUAAUUAGUAAUAUGUUUAUAAAAAAAGCGCACUUUGAAAGAUUUAAAAAAGUCUCGCGCCACGGCACGCAUAUUAUAGUUAGGAUAGGAACAAUGUCUAUUCUACAUAUUUUGUAAAUAGAAAACAAAUAUAAUAUACCGAAUAUAUAUUAUAUAAAAUUUAGGAUACAUCCGAAACGGUAGAGUAGAGCAUUGUAAUUUGUAGAAUAAUAAUUAUAAAUGAGAGCGCGGGCAGGAUUAGAAAGAAUACGAGAAAAGAAAAGAUAAAAUUUACAGAUUGUGGGCCUUCGUACAUUGUGAACUUUUCUUGCGCAUGGAACGGUCCCCUUACCUUUCUCCAAAGUUAAUCCUUUCCUAAAGUGUUAGGAUAUUAUUUGUAUAUA